GCGGCGAACAUGGCGGCGGCCGAGGCGGUGGGGCGGGACACUCUACCUGAGCACUGGUCCUAUGGCGUCUGUAGGGACGGCCGGGUCUUCUUCAUCGACGACCUGGCCCGCUCAACUACUUGGCUGCAUCCUCGCACCGGGGAACCCGUCAACUCGGGCCACAUGAUCCGCUCAGAUCUUCCCCGUGGAUGGGAGGAGGGAUUCUCCGAAGAGGGAGCCAGUUACUUCAUUGACCACAACCAGCAGACUACGACAUUUAGACAUCCUGUGACUGGCCACUUUUCCCCAGAAAACGUUGAGUUUCUUUUACAAGAGGAGCAGAAUUCACAUAUGUCCAAGCAUCAGAUAAACCAAAGACCUUCUAGCAUGGUCAGUGAAACAUCUACUGCAGUAACUACAUCCACUGUAGAUACAAAAGCUGGCUCCAAGGUGGUGAAAUCCGGCAAUAAAAUUCACAGCUUUGGGAAAAGGGACCAAUCUAUAAGGAGAAAUCCUAAUAUUCCUGUUGUAGUAAGAGGCUGGCUUCAUAAACAGGAUAGCUCUGGGAUGAGAUUAUGGAAAAGACGAUGGUUUGUGCUUGCUGAUUAUUGUUUAUUUUACUAUAAAGACAGCAGAGAAGAAUCUGUUCUUGGAAGUAUACCAUUGCCUAGCUAUGUAAUAUCACCAGUUGGAACUGAAGAUCAUAUAAACCGCAAGUACUCCUUUAAGGCUGUCCAUACAGGCAUGAGGGCAUAUAUCUAUAAUAAGAGUUCUGUUAUUGGCUCUCAGGCAGAGCAUUCAGGGAUGCGCACAUACUACUUUAGUGCAGAUACUCAAGAAGAUAUGAAUGGUUGGAUCCGGGCUAUGAAUCAAGCUGCCCUUAUGCAAACACGUUCAUCACCAAAGAGAGAAAUAGGAAAAAUAGACCAGCAAGCUGUUCCUCAAGCUAAUCAUGUGGAUGGCUGCAAAGAUUGUACAAAGUUAGAUUCUACUGAUACAAAAGGAAUUUACAGAAAAUCACCUGAAAGCUCUGCAUAUGAUAAGCAUGAUGAGCUGAGAAAAGGAAGCGAAGACGAGCGUUAUGCUUUUAGGAAGAACACUGUGGAAUCAAAAAGGGAGAAAUCUAAACAUCUAUUGGAGGUUGGUGCAUUGAAUCCAGAGGCAAGUGUGUCUCGGUCCCAAGCAGCUCAGCCUGUCGAGAAAAAUGGAACACUUUCCAAUUCAUUAAAUACAAGUACUGGCCCAGUAGAGCAGAAUGGCAUCAGUUUAUAUAAACGAGUUGCUCCCAGACCAACGCAAAAUAAGCAGACACAGAGGAAAAACAACAUGGCUCACAUAGAGCACUGGGUAAAAGUCCAAAAAGGAGACACAAAAAGUCUUGCAUCUGAUCAGACUCUUAUUCGCCAAGCACCCAGCCAUUCUGUAUCCUUUCCUGAAAAUUAUCAUACAUUGCCAAAGAAUACCAGGCAGCCUUCAGGAAGUUCACCUCCCCUAAAUCGCAAUUUGCCAAGUGACUAUAAAUAUGCUCAAGAUCGGGUUAGCCACUUGAAGAUGUCCCAUGAUGAAAGAAGAGCUAAUAAAGAUGGUACUGUAUGGCAGCUAUAUGAGUGGCAACAAAGACAGCAGUUUAAACAUGGCAGCCCAACAGCACCUAUUUAUAUUGGUUCUCCAGACUUUACAGACCGUGGUAAGGGAAGAAGUUCACUAGAUGUUCCGCGUUCAGUUUCUGUUCCCCCAUCUCCUUCUGAUAUACCUCCACCGGGACCACCUAAAAUCUUUCCACCCCGAAGACCACACACUCCUUCAGAAAGAGUUACUGUCAAACCAUCUGACAAGAGACAGAUGAUAGACAUUCCUUUUGCUGGAUCCCCAAGGAAGAUUCGAAACCAAACUAUAAAGAACUCAGCACACAUCGAUAGACGCUCCAUGCCUACGAUGGGAUAUAUGACCCAUACUGUAAGUGCUCCAAGUUUGCAUGGGAAAUCACCUGAAGAGCUAACAUUGCUUCUCAUUCGAUUAAGGAGACAUCAGGCUAAGUUGGCUAGUAUUCGAAAUUACACAAUCGCCCAAUUACUACAGCACUUGCCAACUAAUUCCACUUAUCAGGCUGACGAUACAUACAUCCAACUGAAAAAAGAUCUUGAAUAUCUAGAUCUGAAGAUAAAAAAUAAUGGACCUCUGAUCAACAUGGUUUACAAAGUGCUAAAGAGCUCAGCACAAGGGUUACUGUCCAGUAUAAAUGUGACAGGGCGUGAUACAAUAAAGGAAAGAAAUACAAAACCCAUCAGGAUUGGAGAGAGUGAUAUUGAUGUGAAGCUAAGUGUUUUCUGUGAACAAGACAGGAUUCUCCAAGACCUAGAAGACAAAAUAAGAGCUCUGAAAGAAAAUAAAGAUCAAUUGGAAUCUGUCUUAGAAGUGUUACAUAGGCAGAUGGAGCAAUACAAAGACCAACCACAACACACAGAAAAAAUUUCAUACCAGCAGAAACUUUUGCAGGAGGAUCUGAUACAUAUUCGGGCUGAAAUAUCCAAAGUAUCUACAGAAAUGGAAAAUGCUUGGAAUGAAUAUCUGAAAUUGGAAAAAGAUGUAAACAAGCUGAAGCAAGCCUUACAGGAACAAAUGAAUAGAUCGUUUUUUUCUCAGGAGAAAGCGCAAAUGCAAAAAGAUUUAUGGAGAAUUGAAGAUGUCACAGCUGGUCUAAGUGCAAAUAAAUCUAACUAUAAAGUUAUCAUAGAAUCUAUAAAGAAUCCAGAAAGAAAAACAGUGCCUUCAUUUUCAAAUCCUCUAGUGCCUUCAUUAUCAUCUACUCUCAUGUCAACAGACAGAAAACUUUCUACUCAGCGAAGUCCACCACUAUCUAGUCCUGUCAAGCCCUCUUUGGAAGUCAGACUUUUUCCUCAGCCUUAUACACAGCCUAGAAUGUUUUCACCAUCCCAACAAAUGAAAAAAGUUGAGCCUCCAGUCCAAUCACCUGUAAAAUUAAAGCCAAAGGUUGAAGAUGAAGCACCGCCAAGACCUCCUCUCCCACAGUUGUACAGUCCUGAUGACCACCCACCAGCCGUCCCACCCCUUCCCAGGGAAACCACUGUCAUCAGGCACACAUCCGUGCGGGGUCUGAAACGUCAGUCAGAUGAAAGAAAACGAGACCGUGAACUAGGGCAGUGUGUGAAUGGAGAUUACAGGGUAGAACUUCGCUCGUACGUGAGUGAACCUGAAUUGGCAACAAUAAGCAGCGAUUUGAGCAACCCUCCCAUUGGUUUUCUAGGUACUGACAGUAGAUACCAAACAUUACCUAGCAGAGGAUUAUCUGGCUCAACUUCCAGAAUCCAUCAGACAUCGCCCGCUUCAUCAUAUGCAACACUCCGACAAGAUGGUUCCAAGGAGAGACCAAAGAGUGCCUUGGAACGUUUAUACUCUGGAGACCACCAAAGAGGCAAGAUGAGUGCCGAGGAACAACUAGAAAGAAUGAAGCGACAUCAAAAGGCGUUAGUUCGUGAACGCAAGAGAACUCUUGGUCAAGGAGAAAGACAGUCUGUCUCUUCACGAUCAUUCAUCCGGCCUGUUUCUGCAGACAUAGGCUCAUGGAAGCGGGAGCAAGAAUUUGACCUGCAGCUACUUGAAAGAGCAGUCCGCACAGACCAAAAAGAGGAAAACAACUGGUUAAAAAUUGAGCCUGUAUCAUUGACAGAAGCAGACCUAGAACCUCAAGAUUAUAAUUUGGAUAUUAGCAAAGAGUUGUCAAAACCUGAAAAAGUUGCAAUUCCAGAACGUUAUGUUGAGUUGGAGCCUGAAGAACCUCUCACUCCAGAAGAAUUAGCAGAAAGACACCGUAAGGCAGAAAAAAUAAAGAAUAUUCUUACCAGGUCAAGUAUGCACAACCUACAGACUCCAGCUCAGGACAAACACAACGCUGCUGAUUUAGAUUCACAGUUACAAGAGCAAGAACGCAUCAUUACCAUAUCAUACGCACUGGCUUCUGAAGCCUCUCAGCGGAGCAAGGAGGUGGCAGCUCCGCAAUUGACCUACCCAUCUAAAGCACCCUCACCUUCUGUACCUCAGCCACCCCCCUUAAGCAAUGGAUUUCACUACACAUUUGUCUAAACACCUUGAAACCAAAGCAGUAACUGAACGCUGAUACACCAGUAACAAUCACCUGAUGGACAACUGCAGCAACGAGGAAGAGAGUUUCCUACAUUCGCUUUCUCUCACACUUAUUCUUAUUUGAACACACUUAUUUGAACAAACUAAAUAACUACACAGAUAUUUUUUGUACAAAAAAAGUGAGAACAAUUCUGUUUAUCGAUGUCUUUUUUAUACAAACAGCACUUUGCAUAUACCAUGUAAAUAUUGACACUGGCCACAACCCACCACACAGUCAAAAGCAUUCAAGUCCUGUUUAUAUUGGUUUUAAGGCUAUAAUGUGCUGGACUGUAAGCCAAUGUAUUUUUAGAAACACAAUAUAUAUUAGAUUUGUUUUUAAAAAACAAAACAAAAUAAGGGCUGUGUUCAUUUAAAAGACCAGAUGCAUGCUGUAAGGACAGUUUUUUUGCUUUUAAAAAAGGAAGAUCUUUUGGAAGCACAUAGUAGCAUUUAGGUAGGAGUAACAAGAUCUUUUUCUAUUUUUUCAGAAUUGAUAAUGCCUUUGUGGCCCCUGAUUAACUAUCAAGUGGUAUUUUAUUAAAGUAUUCAAAAUUUCAAUGGUUUUGCAAUCUCAUGCAAACACCAAAAGCAGAUGCAAGAUAUGCAAAGGAUACCCUUUUAAUAAGUAAAUUGUACAGUUUCCUAGUAUUGGCAAUAGUCCCCUAUCCUAUUGCAUAACCUAAUACUGUACAGUUCUGUUUUUAAAACCAAUUUUUAAAAUGUAACUUUGGGUCUGGGCAGUGAAAUACUUAGGGUGAGAUCCAGUCCCUAUCCCAUUGCAGGUACAGUGCCUAUGUAACACAGAGCAUUUCAAUAGAGAUCAAUAGAAACUUGAUUCUCCCGCCCUUCACUUUAGAGCACAGUUCUGGCAUGCACAAGCAACAGGUCAUGAUGUGAAAUGAAAGGUCUGGCACACACCUCUUACCUCCACCUUUCUUUCCCUCUUGCCUCAAUUUGAAUUACUCAAGCGCCUCUAAGUUUGAGUAACAUUUAUCACACAAAGCAGGGAAGGCAUGAGCUAUGCACAAGAUCUCCAUUUCCUUGUAAUGGCCUCUUGCACUGCCUAAUGACCUAUGUGCACACCGAAGAGGAGAAGAGAGCAAACCAAUAUCUGUUGAGCCCUCUGCAUGUAGGUACUUCAUGCAAGGUAGAACUGGAUCAUCGAUUUUAAAUAGAAAUAUAUAAAAUGAGCAAUACAACUAUUAAUAGAAUGUAUCAUUUUACUAGUAAAGAUCUAUAUUCUUUAUAAUCAAUGUUUUCAGCAGCAAAAAAGCAACAACAAAAAAAGAUUUACUGUCAGGCAUUUAUAAUUUAGUAUAUUAAUUCAGCUAAUGCCCUCAGUACAAUACAAUACAAGUACAGUAUAUUUUCUUGAGACCUGGGCAAAAGGCUGGCCAAUGAACAAAAACAGCUAAUGAACUGAUUAUGCUUUUUAACUUGAAAAUCUGUGUGAAUACUGAAAAUGUGUGGUUUGCAAAUAUCCAAUAUACUGUUCAUAUUGGGUGAAUUCAAAAGUGAAUUCAUGCAUACUUGCAGUGCAGUGUGAAUUUUUUUACAGCAUUCCACUAUAGUGCACUCCUUUUAUAUAGAACAUAUGAUGGGGUACUGUAGUUCAUUUGGAGUAUUUUUGUAGAAUUGAUGAUAUAAGAGAGCUUUUCCCAAUCUGGAGCUCUCCAGCUGUUUUGGACUACAAGUCCCGUCAAUACAG